AUUGUUGACCUUGGACUUGACGAAAGACGAAAAAAGAAGUUUGGUCCGUUCGUUCCGAUGGAGGGAUUCAGCCCCUUCUCGCAGGCCAUCAGCGCCGGCACCUGCCGGCACAAUCAACGCACCCAAGCGCAGCGCAAGAUUUAUCCCAGGUGCAGCAUUGACCAGAUGCCAAACGAUAUUACGCUGCGCAUUCUACGGUUCCUGCCGCGGUACGCAAUCCUUUCGGCGACCUUGGUGUGCCGUCGGUGGAACGUUCUAAUCAGUGAUAGCGAGCUGUUGGAUGGUUUGACGUUGAGGAUCGUGCCUUUCGACGGGGGGAGUGAUCCGGAGGAGUGCCCGAGAUGGUCGCUAAAGCCCGCCAUCGGUGACGGGUACAGCGACGAACCGGACGAGUUGUCGCUCGAAUACGGAUACUAUUUGAACAGAUCGAUAAGGAAUUACCGAAAGAUGGAACUGUUUGUGCGUGACCAGCACAUGUUCCUGGUGGCGGUCAUGGCCUUGCGGAAGUUUGGCUGUCACUUGGAAGAGCUGCGCGUGACGUUGGAUCUGCGCAGUCAAUCGUCAUAUUUUUUGCGACAUUUUGAACGGAUGAAGGAGCUGGAGAUGGGCUUCGAGGAGUACGAUCAGAUGUUGUGGGAACAGGAAGUGGACAGCUACGAUCGAUGUUUGAGGCCGAUUGCGUUGCCGCCGGAGGAAGAGGUCAUUAUCAGACAGCCUGAUAUUGAAGAAAUGCUAGUGCGGGACUUUCGUCGGGUUGAGGAAGUCUUUCUGAGUCUUGUUUAUCGGUACUGCUUCCGGUUGAAGAGCCUGCUGGUUCGGCGAUUGCGGCUGGGACUUAACAGCAAAGCGAAUGUGUUUCUCUACGAGGGAACCGAAAUGGAGCGACUGACCGAGCUGGGAAUCUACGGAACGGGUUUCAUAAUCCUGGCCGAUGCACCGAACCUGCGUCGACUAACAAUCCACGGCGUGACCAGUGGCCUUCCGUUCUACAGCGGCUUCCGGCACGCCUUCCCCAAGCUGACGCACCUUGAAAUCGUCGACGAUCCGGCCUUCAGCUAUACCUGUCUGUGGCAGCUCUCGAAACGUUGCUACAAUUUGAUGGAGUUGACGCUCUGCAUCACGAGCGGUCAACUCACGAAGCUGGCCUUUCACUACCUUGGCCGGCUGAAGCACCUGCGCAGGCUGUCCGUUACGAUGCAGAACCCGUACGACUCGGGCCCUUACAUCUUCGAGGACUGGCCGGAAAUGACCGUCGAGCGGUUGUUCAUCUCUACGUUUGAGCUUCGAGUGGACAACAUCUACGAGAUGCUGGCGCGCAACCGCAAUCUGACGGACUUCGAAACACAAACGGUGCGUCGGAUUCCGUACUCGGUUAUCGCAAACUUGCAGCAGUUUCGACCGGGCUGUCGGUUGACCUGUCUGCAAGUCGCGUACUAAGGAAGACGGGUAAAAGUGUAGCUUUCGGCGAAGGCUAUUUCGUAAAACGUGCUUAUUUUAUAUGAUUUUUGAUCGUUGAACGAUUUUGAUUUAUAUUAUUUGAAGAUUCCUCAAUGGGCAGGAAAACGACAGGAAAAAAGUGACGACACUGUUGAAUUCAGUUGAUUUAGUUUUGUUUUUUUUUUUCAGAGAUAUGUGCAAUAA